AUAUCUCCCUAUAUCAUUAUUGUUAUGUUAUUCUCAUUGAGCUCAUAAGGUCAACUGAUAUCAUCCAACUUUGAUAAAAAGAAAUCUAAAGUUAUCUUUAGAGAAUAUUUCUCUUGUCCUUUUAACCUCACGUGAUUGUAACAUAUUCUUUUGACUCGUGAUAACUCACUAUUUCGUAAUUGUAUUAGAAAUAUCUUGUUUUAAUAGAAAGAAGCAUAGGAAAAAAUUAUACAUUAUAAAAAAAUUACAAUUAUAAAAAAAAAAUACUUUUCCAACGUUUGUAUUUGUUAGCUAUUAGAAAACUUAGUUGGGAAGAAAAAUUAUCACAGAUCGAACGUUCUUUAAUUGAAUUAAUAUUUAUAAAUAAAUAAAUAAACAAAUACAUGAAUUCUUUCGAAGAACCAAUGAACAAAUAGUAGGAUCGAAAUCAUUAUUUUACGUGUUACGUCUAAUUAUUGAAACAUCGCAUAAAGUUUCCAUUAAUCUUCGUAAAGAUAACAGUUCUUGAUGACACCAACAACGAUUAAGAAAUAUUCUAAAGAUCAUUGAAAUGUUCUUGUGUUUACUCGAACGCGCCAUUUCGUUCGUAUUCCACGGAGUAACACGACGUCAUUCGGAGUGCUUCGGCAGUAACAAGCAGACGACACAAAGCAAAGUAAGGUUAAGUCGACGAAAGUUUCUUCGAUAUAAAGAGUAAGCGAGAAAGAGAGAGAGAGAGAGAGAGAGAAAGAGAAAUGGCAAGGUUGUUUACACAAAUAAUUAAGCAUUCUUUUGAAAAAGUGUCUUCACAUAAGACUCAGUUAUUUACAAUUCCUAUAUCGACUUCAUUUCUGUGUACUUCACGUUAUAUAGCUACGACGCAACGAUUGAGAACAGAAAGAUGGUAUACGGAUACACAUGAAUGGAUCAAAGUAGAUAAUAAUGUAGGAACAGUUGGUAUAUCUGAUCAUGCACAAGAUGCAUUAGGUGAUGUGGUAUAUGCCCAACUUCCAGACGUUGGAUCUAUCUUUAAAAAAGAAGAGGAAUGCGGUGCAUUGGAAUCCGUAAAGGCUGCAUCUGUAUUAAUAAAUCCUGUCAGUGGAAAAAUAAUAGAAAAAAACGAUGCAUUGGAAAGUAAACCAGGAUUAAUUAAUUCAUCGUGUUAUAAUGAAGGAUGGCUGUAUAAAGUACAAUUAAGCCAUCCUGAGGAAAUCAAGGCUCUUAUGGAUGAAAAAGCUUAUGAACUAUUUUUGAAGUCUGGUUCUCACGAAAGUGAAAAUCCUUAGAACAGUUUUUAUAUCGUCGUUUUUAAAUUGUAUAUAUUGAUAUUAUAAAACUAUUUCACAAACACAA